CGCAAUAUGAGCGAGAUCGGUAUACUCAAUGCGACUGCUUGCAUACGACGAGCAGAAAGCUUCAACACACAGUCCUAUCGUGCGUGAGCGAUGUAUUCUAGCCCUCCACGAAUGCGAAAGGCGAAGUUUCCUGGGAUCAUCCAAGGGAUGUCUCCUAUAUAUCAAGUCAAGACGAUGUACUGGGCUAUAUACAGAUUGAGCAUGCAGUCAUCCAGACGUUACCCUCGUCCGGACUGAGUAGCCACGAUCCGUCUACAAUGAGUGACAUGCAAGACACGAUAGAUGUAUCAUUGGCCGUACUGUUCGAGCAUUCCGUCGACCUAUGGCUAAUGCCCAAAUUGGCCUCGGAAUGCAACUUCACCUGGGUGUCUCGUCCCUCCUCCUUUUUCACCCUUCAAGACAUCGGCGAUGUACUUCUAUACGCCUCAGUGAAUAGCGGCCCUCCGACUCGAACGACUGUUGCUUCCCAAGGGAGGCUCAGGACGCGGCGUUUGUGCAGAGGAUUCGCACCCACUACGACAUAGAUCUCGCGGUUGUCGACGAGGUGUACUCACGCAUAGUGGACUCCUCUCUCAGCCGUCUCUCAGACUGACAUCCUCCUCGCAAUGCUGGCGCGCUUUGACCGCUAGUCUCCGCCCGCCAGGAUAUGUCAAACCCAUCAUCGACGAGCGAUGUCCACUUUCUUGGCAGCUCCGCGAGCUUUCGUGGAGUCCAUCUAUCCGUACAGCUCGGGCCAGGAUAGCGGUCUCUCGAACGAACAACACGUGCGGUCGACGGAUAGCCAAGGCUGCAACCGCAUUGCCAAGAAGAUGGACAUUGCUCAGGUUGAAGUUCAGUUGCCAUUGCCGCGCUCCUGGGAUCCGUAUGUCAUGCAGGAAGUAGAGUUGGUUGAUGGUGGUUGUGCAGAAGGGUCCGCGUUGAGUGGCUCCAGUCAGGAUACCACCACAUGGUCCGAGGACGGACAACUUCUCGUCCAGAUCGACCGCGACGUUUACCUCUUCCUCCGCGAUCAAGCAGACAUUGAUGCUGUUGUGCGAGCUUUCGCUCGGGGCAUCCUCGGUUUUCGUCACGUUCAUGUGGAAGUGCAUUGCCCCAGAACACUCCGAACCUUUUGCGACGCUCUCGCUCGCGAAGCAUUCGCUCCUCAAGUGAUCAACAAGUUCCGCUCCCUUAAGCUCGUCCUCUCCACUUCUCUCCGCUCGACACCGGACGACGUGAGUGUCGCUUUCCGAUCCCUCACGGAUCUGAAGCACGCACAAUUGUUAUUGCCUGCGUUCCACCGCCGCGGACUGUGUCUACCUCACAAACAGCCCAUCCGAUCCUUAACUACCGAAUCCUUCACUAUAAGGUCUCUCCGUGGCCCUGCCCCUCCACUUGUCAAUCUCAGUGUAAACACCACACUUGAGGACGAAAAAGCAUUAUGCGCAUCAAUCAACCGCCUGUUCGAGCACUCGCUGGUCAGGCUCCGUAUUCUACGCCAGUAUGAGCCUUGUGCCAAGCAUACUGGGCCUUCGCCCGCCCGGACGUGCUUCUUGCUAUACCUGCCCCAUCUCGUAUAUCUCGAACUGCGUGACACUGCGCUUCUGAGAGAUUCGGGCCUCGGUCAGGUGGACCUAAUCUCGCAGGCACCCUGGAUCCACUACGCCCCGCGCAACCUUCCGAAAUUGAAGUUGCUUCUCUGGGCGCCGCCCUGGCAUCAAUACCUCGAGUACGCUCCGAGGAUCUAUGCACAGUCCAUCGCGGCCUACCAGGAAGACUUGAGCCUGGUCCUGCGACCUGUUCAUCUAGUCAUGUGCGAGUCCCAGACGGAGGGAUUCUUGUCAUACCCCCUCCCAGAUGGAACGUAUCGCCACGGCCGCGAAAGUUCUGUCUAUGUCGACGAAGACGGUUGGCGGCGGUAA